AUGAAUAAAAUUUUCAAAGGCCAAAGAUGUGCUGUUUUUCAUAAUGUGUGCGUCAAGAUAUUAACUUUUGUAACAAAUUUAUUUGAAUGCUAUAUUGCAGAAGGAGCUUGUGGUUAUGGAGACUUGUUCAAGCAAGGGUAUGGCCUGGAAACAGCGGCACUAAGCACAGCGCUGUUUAACAAUGGAGCUACCUGUGGAGCUUGCUUUCAAAUAAAGUGUGUCAAUGCUCCUAAAGCAUGCCAUCCAGACCAAAUCAUAACUAUAAAUGUACCAAUUUCUGCCCUCCAAAUUACUCAAAAACUACAGAUGUUUGGUGUAAUCAAUCCUCCACAACAACACUUUGAUCUGUCAUUGCAGAUGUUCUUAAAGAUUGCCGAGUACAAAGCAGGGGUUGUUUAUAGAAGAGUCCCUUGCCAGAAAAAAGGAGGUCUAAAGUUUGAGAUCAAAGGGAAUCCUAAUUGGAUUCUUGUUCUUGUUUUCAAUGUGGGAGGUGUUGGAGAUGUUGUUAAUGUCAAGAUCAAAGGAUCUAAGACUGAAUGGCUACCAAUGUCGCGGAAUUGGGGACAAAAUUGGCAGACUUCUGUGCAGUUGGGAGGACAAAGCUUGUCUUUCCAAGUACAAACUAGCGAUGGCAAAAUGGUUCAAUCUGAUAAUGUUGUUCCUGAUAACUGGCAAUUUGGUCAGACAUUUGAAGCCAAGAAUAAUUUUUAGUGAUUAUGCAUUUUGGAAUAUGAGUAGCUUUUAAUUUCUAAUCAAUAUAAUUUAUGAUCUUUUAUAAAAUUGUUUUGUCUCCGAAUAAAUUCUCUAUUUCUGAGUGACAUUGAGCAAGGAAGGAACAAAAAAAAGAAGCCAAAAGUGUAGUUUAGCAGUAAAAUGAAGCAAGAGAACUAUAAGGUCUCGUGU